AUGAAAAAGCAUAAUAGUGAAUAGGAUUACUGUGUUUUCUAUAAGGAUAAAGAACUUCCUGCUAUUCAUAAGACAGAUAAAUUUAUGAAGGCCUUGGUUAUGGAUUCAAUCAAGAAUUAAGAACAUCCACUUAAUCAAUUAAUUGAAAAAAAAUAAACUUUUGUGCCAUUUAUUAAUGAAAGAGAUAAUAUGGGUAGAUUGAUUUCAAGUGAAUCCUAUCAUAUAAAAAGAAAAAGUGAAGCUUCAAGUCUCUUCAAUUCUCCUAAAAAUAGUCACGUUUUCUUAAGUAAAAACUCCAUAUCGAAUACUUGUAGCAUUUAUGAAAAUUAACUACCUGCUUCAAAAUUAAAAUUAAAAAAUCUUUUAGGAAGCACUCCUGAAAAUACUGAAUUAUUUUAAUCCACUUUAUUGGGAAGUCAAUGUGAAUUUAAAUAAUCAUUUUAGUUUAAUUCAAAACGCACUUAGUUAACUUUUAGAACUCAUAAAAAAAAUAAUAGUUUAUAAAAUAAGCUACCUUAAUUUAUUAAAGAAUAAAAAACUAAAGAAUUUAAAUUAUAUAAACAACCAAAUACACCCUAAGCUAUAAGAUUUUAUAAAAGUAACUUUAUUAUUGAGAUGUUCAAUCAAAAUAAGUAAAUACAUUUUUUAUUUAUAUAAGAAUUGCAGAUAAUAAAUUGUAAUUUAUAUUGCUAAUGGAAAAAAUGUAAAAGUUAUAAACAGAAUUGAUAUCAAAUUUAUCAGCCAAUGAAAGACGUAAAACAUUCGUUAAAUUGGAUGGAAAUAGAAGAGUAAAAUUAAGUGUAUUAUUACUAUUAUCCAGAUAAUGCAUUUAAUAUCAGAUGUUAUAAUGA